AUGCCACCUAAAAGGGUAAAAAGUGGCACAGCGUCCGGUGUCGCUGCAGGGCCUAUGGGAAGUAAUGUGAAACCUUGGGAAACCAAUCUAAGCGCCGCUGCAUUUGAUGAGGAGAAUUGGAAAGCAAGCAUUUCAUUUGUGGUGGGUGAAACGACUGAGGAAGAGAGGCAUAUUAAGACACUCCUGAUGGCUGUUCAGCAACCACAGCGAAAGCUUUUCAGCAUCAUCUCAUGGGAUGCUACUGUAGAAAAGAUCAAUGAACUGGGAAAUACGAAAGCUAAGAAGACCAAAGAUGUUCCCAUGUAUUAUGAGGUGAUGGAGUUAGCAAAGUCUAUUAUGGAUGCAGGAGAGGAGCUGUCUGUUGAUCUCAUUGGAAAGCUAGUCAAGUUCCAGCUUUUGAGCAUCAAGAGUAACGACCUUCAGAGGAGAGCUGAAGAACAAAGUGCUGUGGAUGAAAGAACAAAGGGUAAAACUGGGGCAAACUCUCCAACCAAAGAAAAAGGGAGUGCUGCUACCAAAAACCGUGCCAAAGGGGACAAAGGUAAAAAGGCAUCCGAACCCACGGCACCAACCAAGGAGACCAAACUGAAAAGGCGCGGGGAGGAGGAAGAAGCAUGCACAUACAUAGAUGAUGAACCAGAUGAUGGUCCUCAGCACUACAUUCUUGUGGUUGGCUUCUAUCAAUCACGCCUGAUCUCAGCUUUGGACAGCUUGGGUAUCCAUGUGUCUAACAUCAUCAGGCUGUCAUCAGACAGAACAGAGGUUUCUCCAGCGGAAUCAGUGAUAGAAAAUGACCUUGCGCCCAUGAAUGAAGAAGCUGAGGCUACAGCCAAGAGAAAGCAGCAGGAAUUGGAGCAGUUCUGGGAACAUUUGGAGAUGGUUUUGAACAGUGACUCAGCUAAGUCCAGGCUCUCUGAUGUGGCCAUUCUGAGUUACAGGAUGAAGAGGAACCUGCAGCCCAGUGAAACAGAUAGCAAUGAAGCUAUGGUAAUUUAGGACUGUCUUGCCUUUGGAACCCAUCUUUUUGAAGACCUGGCCUGCCUGAUCUAUGACUGCCUGGACUGGAGAAGGCAGCACCAACACUAUCUCAACACCAUGAGGCUCGUCCAGGUUCCCCUGGUGGUCAAGGCCAAUGUUCAGACAGGUCUGGAGAGCUCUGAAGAGGUUGCAAAACCCCAAACCCCUCAAAUUUCAAAGAAGAGGGCAGCACCAGAACAGACUCCAGUAGAGACAGCAGUCCUGAGCACAGAGGUUGAUAUGAGGUACUACACUGACCUGAUGAGACAGAUUCCUCCUGACGCCUGCUCAGUUCCACUUAUACUUCACUGCAUGUUAGAGCAGGUGGUGAUGUCAGAACAAGAGGUUUCUCCUCAAUGUAUAAAUGAUUCAAAUCAGCAGUCUGACGGGACAGAUCAGAAUCUGAUCUCUUACAUGUGCUCAGCUCUACUGAGUCUGCCACACACUAAGGAGAAGAAGGUAAAGAUAAUGGAGGUUCUAGGAGUCACAGAAACCAGUCAGAAUGAGAAGAAUGCCAAGCACCCACUUUUGUUUAAUUAUCAUGAUGAACAGACAAGACGACUGCACCAGCUCCCUGCCUUAAAUGUCUUUGAUGCAAUAGCAGUUGAAACAGAGGCAUUGAAAAAAAACCCCGCAUGGUAUCGUCUGCAGUCUGUGCAAAACCAAAAAUUAAACAACAGGCUUCGCAAAACACAGGAGCUCAUUCAUUUCUGCACUGAUGAGUCUCUGAGCUGGUCUGAAUUGCAGCGAAUCCUCCAGCUGUUUGUCUUUGAGAGCAUGCCACUGACAGAAGCAGAUGAAGAUGGCCAGCUCCCAGCGAACGUGUCAGAAACCCUUUCUGUCAUUCCAUGGGACGAUCCAGGGGCAUUUGCCAAACACCUCUACAGAAACAGCAGUGGAACCCAAAGGUUCUGCCACAGCCAAACUGAGGACCAGAAGGAGAAAAGCUCUACAGGCCAUAUCACGGUCACAGAUCUUCAGAAAACACUGAUCCGAAGGCUGAGAGACUGGAACUUCUCUGAGCACCAUAAUGCCAAUGUGUUUCCACAGGUCAUCCAGUCAGCAUUCAGAAAGUACAGAUGCAUGGACACAUUUCAAAGCAGCCAAAACAACAAUAUGUUUGUUGUAUUUCACAAUCCUAUGAACCACCAAAGGACUUUCCGAGAAUCUUGGGCUGUUUCCCUUCAUACAGAUGUUGGCUUCAGGAGUUACCUGGAGCAUGUUACUGACUCACUGAGUGAGUGGACUAAACAGGAAGAGGUCAAAUGGCAAGCUCUUCAGGCAAAGAGGGAUGCUGAGAGACUGAGUGCACAGACACCAUCUGAAGCCUGUAAGAUUCUAGAUUCACCAGUUAUGCAGGAUUGUACCCCAAAACCAUACAUAAGAGAAGGCUCUCUCAAAGCAUGGAAGAUUGAGCAAGACAGACUGAAGGAGGAGGAGGAGAUGAAGAGGAUGAAGAAAGAAAAGGGUGGAAAAGCCAAGGGCAGAGAUGGAUCUGAUUCUGCAAAGGAGAGUAAGAAAACAUCAUCCUCUGCAAAGAAAAGCAGAGAGGACAUGUCAAGAGCCUCUGAUUUUGUUGAGCUUCCUGGAGACCCAAGAACAGAACCUCAGUCCCCCAAGGAUUUGACAUCAGCAAUGACAGGCUACAAUAUGGAUGGCAAACUGAUUCAUGUCUCUGGCCAGGUCCAAUCUAUCUUCCCUUUGGAUGGAGGUCAUAUUCAGGUAGAAAAUGUCCAAUUCAUCAAAGGGUCAACUCAUAUUAAAGUCUGUGUCAUGAAAGACAACCACAACUUCUUCACACAUGUCUACAAGGAAAAAAGAUAUAUACAAGAAAACAAAAAGGAAAUUGAUUUCCCAGACAGACCAGGAGACCAGGCCGUGGUCCCAGUAAUAGAGGCUGACACUGCACCAUCCAGUCUGACUGUCGCGUCUGAAAACCAGUCAGCCUCAGACUUGGCAAAAACAUCUUCCAGUCCUAAAGGAUCUGGUUCAGCCCUAAACCUGCACUCAGCACUGGGAGAGGAGCAGAUUGCGGAGUCUGACAAUGAAGCCAAACGUCUACAAAAACCUGUAUGUCAGAACUUAACUGUGUCCAUCCCCAGUGGCCUUAUGGUCCAGUUCAUAUAUGAGGAUAGAGAAGGUGUGAAAGGACAAUCGCUCAUGGUGAGACAGAGCUUCCCCUGUGGUGGACCUGCUUCAGCCCCAUCUCAGGAUCACUCCGCCCUCACAGAGUGCUCCAGGGUCGUCACAAGACAUGGGACUGUAGUCAAAUACAUGAAAGAUGGUUCUACUGAGGUUCUGUUUGCAGAUGGCACUGUCAGCAACAGUGCAGACUCUGGGCCAGUUUUUCAGCCUGUCCCAGACAUUGCUGUGAUCGAGAAGGAAAAAGUCGAAGAGCAGACACCCACAAGCAAAGAAGCUCCUGAUCGGAAAGGGAAGCCAAAAUCCAAGCCAAGUAAGGAGGUCCAGCCUGCUGAUCCUGUGCCUCAGGAGGAGGAGAAAAGCACUCCUCAAACAUCUGGAGGCUUUUGGACCACAACUUCUCCCUCUGGACACCGAGUUUGCUCCCUUGGUGAUAAGCAGAUUGAUAUCUCACCCAUUCUAACAUAUAAAGCCACUGACCCAUUCAGUGAAACAGUUGUCAUCACAAGAGAAGACAAGGUCCUGUCUGUCCUGGAUAAAGAUGGAACAGUCUUAGUGGAUCACGCUGAUGGAACCAGAAUCACCACUUACUACCAGGAGAGGCGGAAAGAAAAACUUGUCAGAGUAGAAUCUGUUGGCUUUGCCACUGUUGUCAUGAACUGUGAUGGCAGAACCUGUGACGUCCUCUUUGGAGAUGGGACUAUAAUUAAUGCAGCUUGUGAUGGGUCUUACAAGAUAUCUCCCUCCAGUGGGGGCUCACUCCACAUUCAUGAGGAUGGAAAAGCUGUUUACACGUCUGCCCAGGGCCAAGGCAGAAUGCCAGAUGGACCUGAGGGAAAGCAACCUAGCAAAUACGUGAUGAGUCACACUGCCCAUGUCUUAUGUCAAGUCACAGACCAGAGAAGCAAUUCUUACCAGGUAACUGCUGAUGGUCAAACAUCGAUCAGUAGAUGUGGCCCUAAAAGCAGCACCGUGGAGGAAAACACUGAGGGAGGGGAUCAUUUUAAAACAAACCUACCCAGGUUUUUUGUUGCACAUGAAGAUGGUUCAGGCACUGAGUUUCUCUGUUCCCGUGGUGUUGAUGAGCUGCUUUGGAAGGCCUACUCUGAUCCGUCUGUGGCUGUGUUGAAAGAGCCUAUCUCGGAUUUACAGGGUGUGUUUGGAAUAACAAUACUGAAGCCCAGCUCUAAGGAUGUGUGGUCAAGUUGGCUCAUACCCAAACAGAACAGUGAUAUUUUUCCCACUCACCUCAAGUCAAGGAAAUGGGAGAAAUUCCCUUCAGUUGAAAGAAAGACACCAGGACCACCAUUUGGAACCACACUUGGCCGAGGUCUUCAUCUAAGGGAGACAACCAGGCCUAGUUCUCCACCCAGCCCUCCCAUUUUGCAGAGCCCUGAUGUCAUACUGGUUCAUCAGUUCAUUCAGUAUCCACCAGUUACUGAUUCUCUCUGUGAAGGACUGGAGACACGUUUAGUGGCUUACAUACAGCAGUUAAUGAGAAGGGAGGAAAUGUUGGUGGAGAUGCAGCUAAAAGACCCCCGCACAUCAGAGGAGCAGGUCCACGAGACAGAUUUGUUGAAGCUUGUCUUGUCUCUUCCAGACUCUGAUAAUCCCUCCACGUCCAUGGAGAAGAUCCUCCACUCUGUAGAUGUGGCCUCUGUGUACACCCAGGCUCUGAACCCUGAGCUCAGUCCUUUAAAGAACUCACAGGUCACACACAGCUCCACCAAAAAGAGAAAGGAGUCUCAGUGGGGAAACAGACUCAAACAGCGAAGUCAGGACCUACAGGAACAGAAGAGAUACCAGAAUGCUCUGAGGAAGAAAAUUGUCCCUCCAUAUUUUCACUCUGAAUUAGUGAAGACUCUACAACUUUAAUAAAAGGCAAGUUUUCUGGUUUGAGUUUGAAGGAUACCUCACCUAAAUUUUA